AUCCUGCCGGGCAUCCAACGGUUGGUUUGUGAACUGCAAAAUCCACAAAGAAGAGAGGGAAGCGUCUGCUGCGCCCCUGGGUCGUUUUAAAUUUGCCUUUAAAACCACCGAAAACUUAAACAACCGCUAGCUAUGGCAGAGGGAGACAACAAAAGCGCCAACGUACUCGCCCAGGAGACGGCCCAGCUGGAGGAGCAGCUGCAGGGCUGGGGAGAGGUGAUCCUGGCUGGGGACCAGGUCCUGCGCUGGAAGAAACCAUGGUUCCCUGGAGCCCUGAUGGCAGCCACCACACUGGUCUUCAUGAUGAUCUACUACCUGGACCCAUCGGUGCUGACCGGCCUGUCCUGCACUGUCAUGCUGCUGUGUCUGUCUGACUACCUGGUGCCUACUCUUGCACCCCGCAUCUUCGGAUCCAACAAGUGGUCUUCAGAGCAGCAGCAGCGUUUCCAUGAGAUCUGUGGUAACCUGGUGAAGACUCAGCGUCGCAUCCUGGGCUGGUGGAAAAGACUCUUCUCGCUCAAGGAGGAGAAGCCCAAGAUGUACUUUGCGUCGGUGAUCAGCAGUCUGGUGACGGUGGCCUGGAUGGGACAGCAAGUCCACAACCUUUUCCUCACCUACCUGAUCGUGAGUUUCCUGCUCCUGCUUCCUGGUCUGAACCAGCAUGGCGUCAUAAGCAAGUACGCUGGCAUGGCCAAGAGAGAGAUCAACAAACUGCUGAAACAGAAGGAGAAGAAGAACGAGUAGGAAGAAAGAGGAGAAGAAGAACGAGUAGGAAGAAAGAGGAGAAGAAGAACGAGUAGGAAGAAAGAGGAGAAGAAGAACGAGUAGGAAGAAAGAGGAGAAGAAGAACGAGUAGGAAGAAAGAGGAGAAGAAAAUGAGAAACCCGUAGAUCAAACGUUUUUAAAAAAGGAGCUUCAACGAAGUGCUUCCUGUACUUCCUCAGUCUGCUCAGACCAACUCUACACACGCCCUCUCCCCCCUUGACCUGUCACCUAACCAACCAAUCACCUGGCGGGAUUUGUUUUUCAACAGGAAGUGUUUUUCCACCUAUCCUCCCACGCAUGCAGUCAGUCGCCACGUCGGUCAAGGCUUUAGUUCACGAGUAGACCACACUGAAACAUUACAACACACACAUAUGAACCCCCCCCCCACAUGGAGGUGGCCCCCAGCUGUGUCUGUCUCUAGAUCCUAUAAGGAGGUGUUUAAGAUGCCAGUCACUUAUUACUUUUGAAGUCCGAGGAAAGACUACAGAAACCUCUAGCAAUAUUAUUAUCCCCUCCCCCCACACAUAUAAUAAAACUACAUCUCCCAGAGAGGAUGGUUAGUUUAUUGGACAUACUGAUGGUAGGUGGGGUCAGUAAUUACAUCUCCCAGAGAGGAUGGUUAGUUUAAUGGACAUACUGAUGGUAGGUGGGGUCAGUAAUUACAUCUCCCAGAGAGGAUGGUUAGUUUAAUGGACAUACUGAUGGUAGGUAGUGUCAGUAAUUACAUCUCCCAGAGAGGAUGGUUAGUUUAAUGGACAUACUGAUGGUAGGUAGUGUCAGUAAUUACAUCUCCCAGAGAGGAUGGUUAGUUUAAUGGACAUACUGAUGGUAGGUAGUGUCAGUAAUUACAUCUCCCAGAGAGGAUGGUUAGUUUAAUGGACAUACUGAUGGUAGGUGGGGUCAGUAAUUACAUCUCCCAGAGAGGAUGGUUAGUUUAAUGGACAUACUGAUGGUAGGUGGGGUCAGUAAUUACAUCUCCCAGAGAGGAUGGUUAGUUUAUUGGACAUACUGAUGGUAGGUGGGGUCAGUAAUUACAUCUCCCAGAGAGGAUGGUUAGUUUAAUGGACAUACUGAUGGUAGGUGGGGUCAGUAAUUACAUCUCCCAGAGAGGAUGGUUAGUUUAAUGGACAUACUGAUGGUAGGUGGGGUCAGUAAUUACAUCUCCCAGAGAGGAUGGUUAGUUUAAUGGACAUACUGAUGGUAGGUAGUGUCAGUAAUUACAUCUCCCAGAGAGGAUGGUUAGUUUAAUGGACAUACUGAUGGUAGGUGGGGUCAGUAAUUACAUCUCCCAGAGAGGAUGGUUAGUUUAAUGGACAUACUGAUGGUAGGUGGGGUCAGUAAUUACAUCUCCCAGAGAGGAUGGUUAGUUUAAUGGACAUACUGAUGGUAGGUAGUGUCAGUAAUUACAUCUCCCAGAGAGGAUGGUUAGUUUAAUGGACAUACUGAUGGUAGGUAGUGUCAGUAAUUACAUCUCCCAGAGAGGAUGGUUAGUUUAAUGGACAUACUGAUGGUAGGUGGGGUCAGUAAUUACAUCUCCCAGAGAGGAUGGUUAGUUUAAUGGACAUACUGAUGGUAGGUGGGGUCAGUAAUUACAUCUCCCAGAGAGGAUGGUUAGUUUAAUGGACAUACUGAUGGUAGGUGGGGUCAGUAAUUACAUCUCCCAGAGAGGAUGGUUAGUUUAUUGGACAUACUGAUGGUAGGUGGGGUCAGUAAUUACAUCUCCCAGAGAGGAUGGUUAGUUUAAUGGACAUACUGAUGGUAGGUGGGGUCAGUAAUUACAUCUCCCAGAGAGGAUGGUUAGUUUAAUGGACAUACUGAUGGUAGGUGGGGUCAGUAAUUACAUCUCCCAGAGAGGAUGGUUAGUUUAUUGGACAUACUGAUGGUAGGUGGGGUCAGUAAUUACAUCUCCCAGAGAGGAUGGUUAGUUUAAUGGACAUACUGAUGGUAGGUGGGGUCAGUAAUUACAUCUCCCAGAGAGGAUGGUUAGUUUAAUGGACAUACUGAUGGUAGGUGGGGUCAGUAAUUACAUCUCCCAGAGAGGAUGGUUAGUUUAAUGGACAUACUGAUGGUAGGUAGUGUCAGUAAUUACAUCUCCCAGAGAGGAUGGUUAGUUUAAUGGACAUACUGAUGGUAGGUAGUGUCAGUAAUUACAUCUCCCAGAGAGGAUGGUUAGUUUAUUGGACAUACUGAUGGUAGGUAGGGUCAGUAAUUACAUCUCCCAGAGAGGAUGGUUAGUUUAAUGGACAUACUGAUGGUAGGUGGGGUCAGUAAUUACAUCUCCCAGAGAGGAUGGUUAGUUUAAUGGACAUACUGAUGGUAGGUGGGGUCAGUAAUUACAUCUCCCAGAGAGGAUGGUUAGUUUAAUGGACAUACUGAUGGUAGGUAGUGUCAGUAAUUACAUCUCCCAGAGAGGAUGGUUAGUUUAAUGGACAUACUGAUGGUAGGUGGGGUCAGUAAUUACAUCUCCCAGAGAGGAUGGUUAGUUUAAUGGACAUACUGAUGGUAGGUGGGGUCAGUAAUUACAUCUCCCAGAGAGGAUGGUUAGUUUAUUGGACAUACUGAUGGUAGGUAGUGUCAGUAAUUACAUCUCCCAGAGAGGAUGGUUAGUGUAAUGGACAUACUGAUGGUAGGUGGGGUCAGUAAUUACAUCUCCCAGAGAGGAUGGUUAGUUUAAUGGACAUACUGAUGGUAGGUGGGGUCAGUAAUUACAUCUCCCAGAGAGGAUGGUUAGUUUAUUGGACAUACUGAUGGUAGGUAGUGUCAGUAAUUACAUCUCCCAGAGAGGAUGGUUAGUUUAAUGGACAUACUGAUGGUAGGUGGGGUCAGUAAUUACAUCUCCCAGAGAGGAUGGUUAGUUUAAUGGACAUACUGAUGGUAGGUGGGGUCAGUAAUUACAUCUCCCAGAGAGGAUGGUUAGUUUAAUGGACAUACUGAUGGUAGGUAGUGUCAGUAAUUACAUCUCCCAGAGAGGAUGGUUAGUUUAAUGGACAUACUGAUGGUAGGUGGGGUCAGUAAUUACAUCUCCCAGAGAGGAUGGUUAGUUUAAUGGACAUACUGAUGGUAGGUAGUGUCAGUAAUUACAUCUCCCAGAGAGGAUGGUUAGUUUAAUGGACAUACUGAUGGUAGGUGGGGUCAGUAAUUACAUCUCCCAGAGAGGAUGGUUAGUUUAAUGGACAUACUGAUGGUAGGUGGGGUCAGUAAUUACAUCUCCCAGAGAGGAUGGUUAGUUUAAUGGACAUACUGAUGGUAGGUGGGGUCAGUAAUUACAUCUCCCAGAGAGGAUGGUUAGUUUAUUGGACAUACUGAUGGUAGGUGGGGUCAGUAAUUACAUCUCCCAGAGAGGAUGGUUAGUUUAUUGGACAUACUGAUGGUAGGUGGGGUCAGUAAUUACAUCUCCCAGAGAGGAUGGUUAGUUUAAUGGACAUACUGAUGGUAGGUGGGGUCAGUAAUUACAUCUCCCAGAGAGGAUGGUUAGUUUAAUGGACAUACUGAUGGUAGGUGGGGUCAGUAAUUACAUCUCCCAGAGAGGAUGGUUAGUUUAAUGGACAUACUGAUGGUAGGUGGGGUCAGUAAUUACAUCUCCCAGAGAGGAUGGUUAGUUUAAUGGACAUACUGAUGGUAGGUGGGGUCAGUAAUUACAUCUCCCAGAGAGGAUGGUUAGUUUAAUGGACAUACUGAUGGUAGGUGGGGUCAGUAAUUACAUCUCCCAGAGAGGAUGGUUAGUUUAAUGGACAUACUGAUGGUAGGUGGGGUCAGUAAUUACAUCUCCCAGAGAGGAUGGUUAGUUUAAUGGACAUACUGAUGGUAGGUGGGGUCAGUAAUUACAUCUCCCAGAGAGGAUGGUUAGUUUAAUGGACAUACUGAUGGUAGGUGGGGUCAGUAAUUACAUCUCCCAGAGAGGAUGGUUAGUUUAAUGGACAUACUGAUGGUAGGUAGUGUCAGUAAUUACAUCUCCCAGAGAGGAUGGUUAGUUUAAUGGACAUACUGAUGGUAGGUAGUGUCAGUAAUUACAUCUCCCAGAGAGGAUGGUUAGUUUAAUGGACAUACUGAUGGUAGGUGGGGUCAGUAAUUACAUCUCCCAGAGAGGAUGGUUAGUUUAAUGGACAUACUGAUGGUAGGUAGUGUCAGUAAUUACAUCUCCCAGAGAGGAUGGUUAGUUUAAUGGACAUACUGAUGGUAGGUAGUGUCAG